GAUUAUGGCGUCCUCUUCGGCCCCGCCGGCCACAGUACCAGCGGCAACAGCAGGCCCCGGCCCGGGUUUUGGCUUCGCUUCCAAAACCAAGAAGAAGCAUUUCGUGCAGCAGAAGGUGAAGGUGUUCAGAGCAGCCGACCCGCUGGUGGGCGUGUUCCUGUGGGGCGUAGCCCACUCGAUCAAUGAACUCAGCCAGGUGCCUCUUCCAGUGAUGCUGCUUCCAGAUGACUUUAAAGCCAGCUCCAAGAUCAAAGUCAACAAUCACCUUUUCCACAGGGAAAAUCUGCCCAGUCAUUUCAAGUUUAAGGAGUAUUGUCCCCAGGUCUUCAGGAACCUCCGUGAUCGAUUUGGCAUUGAUGACCAGGAUUAUUUGGUGUCCCUUACCCGCAGUCCCCCAAGUGAAAGUGAAGGCAGUGAUGGUCGCUUCCUUAUCUCCUACGAUCGGACUCUGGUCAUCAAAGAAGUAUCUAGCGAGGACAUUGCCGACAUGCAUAGCAACCUCUCCAACUACCACCAGUACAUUGUGAAGUGCCAUGGCAACACACUAUUGCCCCAGUUCCUAGGGAUGUACCGAGUCAGUGUGGACAAUGAAGACUGCUACAUGCUUGUGAUGCGCAAUAUGUUUAGCCACCGUCUUCCUGUGCACAGGAAGUAUGACCUGAAGGGUUCCCUAGUGUCACGGGAAGCCAGCGAUAAGGAAAAGGUUAAAGAAUUGCCCACCCUUAAAGAUAUGGACUUUCUCAACAAGAAUCAGAAAGUUUAUAUUGGUGAAGAAGAGAAGAAAGUAUUUCUGGAGAAGCUAAAGAGAGAUGUGGAGUUCCUAGUACAGCUGAAGAUCAUGGACUACAGCCUUCUACUGGGCAUCCACGACAUCAUCCGGGGCUCUGAACCAGAGGAGGAGGGACCUGCCCGGGAGGAGGAGGCAGAGGGGGAGGGAGACUGUGGCAUGACUGGACCUCCUGCUCUGGUGGGCUCCUAUGGCACCUCCCCUGAGGGCAUCGGCGGCUACAUCCAUUCCCAUCGGCCUUUGGGCCCUGGAGAGUUUGAGUCCUUCAUUGAUGUCUAUGCCAUCCGGAGUGCUGAGGGGGCCCCCCAGAAGGAGGUGUAUUUCAUGGGUCUCAUUGAUAUCCUGACACAGUAUGAUGCCAAGAAGAAAGCAGCUCAUGCAGCCAAAACUGUCAAGCAUGGGGCUGGAGCAGAGAUCUCUACUGUCCAUCCUGAGCAGUAUGCUAAGAGAUUCCUGGAUUUUAUUACCAACAUCUUUGCCUAA